AUGGUGCUGCUGAUGGUGAAAAUGGAAUGCAACGAGAGGAGGUCAAUGUACUCCCGGGAAGAGGCGGUGGCGAUCGACAAGGAGCUGAGAGAAGACUACGGCUUCACGCCAGAGCAGCUCGUCGAGAUGAUGGGCAUGGCGGUGGCGCACGCCAUCACCAGGGCUUUCCCUUUGGCCUCGUUGCCCCGCAAGCAACCCACGGGCCUGGUGAUCUGCGGGCCGGGCUACAACGGAGCGUGCGGCCUGGCCUCGGCACGCCACCUCAAGAUGUUUGGGUACGAGCCGACCGUCUUCUACGUGAAGCGGUCCGUGAAGCCGCUGAGCCAGGCGCUCACCACGCAGUGCGAGAAGCUCGACAUCCCCUUCCUCUCGUACCUCCCCACCGAGGUGCAGCUGAUCAACGACGCCUACUGCUUCGUGGUGGACGCGGUGUUCGGCACGGGGCUGCGUGGCGAGGUGCGUGAGCCCUUCCUGAGCAUCAUGAACACGCUGCGCCAAGUGAAGGCGCCCGUCGCGAGCGUGGACGUGCCCUCUGGCUGGGACCCGGACUUGUGCGGGAACGGCUCAGCGUGCCCAGGGGCGACUGGCACCGCUGGGCCCGCUGGGGCACUGCAGCAGCAGCAGCUGCAGCAGCUACAGCUGCAGCCCGAUGUUCUCGUUUCGCUGGGGGCUCCCAAGCGGUGCGCUGAGCGCUUCGCGGGGCGCCUGCACUUCCUGGGAGGGCGCUUCCUCCCGCUGGACAUUCACAAGAAGAUGGAGCUGAACCUGCCCGAGUACCCUGGCACGGACUGCAUCGUGCCACUGCUCUAGCCCCGGACAUCGACGGCAGCAGCAGCAGCAACAAUAGCGGUGGUGGAGUUAUCCCUGGUGCCUGCCUGCCUGCUUGCGUGUGUGUGUGUGUGUGCUAACGGCACUUGCCCCAAUAGUCUGUUAAGGCUAUACGGGGGAUCUUUGUCUUCGUCUUUGUCUCGACGAGUGUCAGUCUGAAGGCCGCCCCAGGUGCGGUGAUGUUUGCUGGGAUCUUUGUCUUUUGCGUGUGUGUGGGUAUGUGUGUGAUGUUGGCCACCCACCCCCUCGUGUGCCGUGCCGGCCUUCAUAGGUGCUCGUGAACAGCACUUGCCCCAGCCGUCUGUUAAAGGCUACACGGGGGAUCUUUGUCUUUGGGGGAGCGGUGGUGCAGCGAUUAGCGCGCUGCGCUACGAAACUUGACGAACCGAGUUCAAUUCACGCUCUUGGCCACCAACACCGGUGACGAUUAUCUGAAACGGUCCCGGGCCUCUCCUAGGUUGAUUCGGACUAAAAUGAGUACCUGGUGUUGUGUAGAAACAUCGCUGCUGGAGAGACAAAGGCGGCCGGGCGUGGUGCCGGCCACCCAGCCCCUCGCCAACAGCAAGGGGCUGGGUGGCCAGCGACCGUCGCUUGCGUUGCGAUCGAAACGUCGUCGUUUUUUGUUGUUUUAUUUUAUUAUUCCUUGAAACCUAUCUACGUGACUUUACCGAAAGGCCCAAAUAAUAUGAAUUCCUGCAGUCACGAAAGCUCCAAGUCAAUAAUGUGUGUAUGUACAUAAAAAAAUAAAAAUCCAUACAUUUCCAAUCCACCAAUGGACCAAAGCCCCACGCCCCCCCUCCGCCACCAACUCUUAUUCCGUAGGAUUAUCGAACUUUAAUUUACUGGGCUGGUCAGUUCAUGUUGACUGAAUGGGGGGGGGGGGCAAGGGGCAAGACUAAUUCUGAAAUCUCUCACCGCCAAUGUUAGCCGUGGGCCGAGAGAGUUAACAAAAACACGCAAACUCCCGGUUCACCGGGGCUCAUCGCGCAGAGCGCCGCUCCGUCACUGCGUGCGAGUUAGCGAGCGCCUAUUAACACCGGCAGGGUGAACAAAACAUGGGGGGUGGUUUCGGCCAGCCCCAUGCCCGGCCACCUUUGUAUUCCCUGUGCUGAUGUUUGCACACUGCGUCAGUUGCUCAUUUAAGGCUAAGUCGACCUAGGUGGAGGCUCAGGACUGGUACAGAUAAUUGCCACUGAUGUUGGGUGCUCGCUAAGAGCACUUGACCCACAGGCUGAUAGAGGGCACACGGGGGAACUUUGUCUUUCUUGAUGUGUGUGGGAAGUGGUGGUCCAGUGGUUAGCGCACUGUGCUUCGGACCCAACGACUUUGGUUCAAUUACUCACCGAGGGUUGAUUUCAGUGGCGAGUGAUACCCGUGGCCCUAUUGGACAUCUCCUAGGUCAACUGGGACGUAAAUGAGCACUUGGUGUGGUGCGUAAAGUAUCUGCACUGGGGAGACAAAGGCGGCCAGGCUUGGUGCAGGCCACACUACCCGUUUGUGUGCCCAUCCAGACUUAAUAGGUGCUCGCGAACAGACCUUGCCUCAACUGUUAUGUUUAGGCUUUCAAGGGGGGUCUUUGUUAAUGCAUUUGCGAUACUAGGCUAGGUAUGAAUCUGGAAUCAUAUUUGUAGCAUUGUUUUGUUGGUCUCUACAUAAAAGAGUCUCAAGAGAAUUAACUUAACAAAAUGGUGUCUGAUGGGGUCUCUAGACAAUAGACUGACUGUCUAUUGUCUCUAGACAAUAGACUGACCGUCUAUAGACAAUAGACUGGCUGGUCUCUGAUGGGGUCUCUAGACAAUAGACUGACUGUCUAUUGUCUCUAGACAAUAGACUGACUGUCUAUAAACAAUAGACUGGCUGGUCUCUGAUGGGGUCUCUAGACAAUAGACUGACUGUCUAUUGUCUCUAGACAAUAGACUGACCGUCUAUAAACAAUAGACUGGCUGGUCUCUGAUGGGGUCUCUAGACAAUAGACUGACUGUCUAUUGUCUCUAGACAAUAGACUGACUGUCUAUAAACAAUAGACUGGCUGGUCUCUGAUGGGGUCUCUAGACAAUAGACUGACUGUCUAUUGUCUCUAGACAAUAGACUGACCGUCUAUAAACAAUAGACUGGCUGGUCUCUGAUGGGGUCUCUAGACAAUAGACUGACUGUCUAUUGUCUCUAGACAAUAGACUGACCGUCUAUAGACAAUAGACUGGCUGGUCUCUGAUGGGGUCUCUAGACAAUAGACUGACUGUCUAUUGUCUCUAGACAAUAGACUGGCUGGUAUCUGAUGGUGUCCCUAGACAAUAGACUGACUGUCUAUUGUCUCCAGACAAUAGACUGGCUGGUAUCUGAUGGGGUCUCUAGACAAUCGACUGACCGGUCUCUGAUGGGGGUUUCCAGACGACUUACAGACUGACAGUGUACAACGUUUUUGAUCGCCACGUAAAUGCAACCGAGCAGUCAAGAAUUUAGUCCUGGGACUCAGAUAACCCCCGUUAUUUCAGACAUCUGCCUUUUUCAAAAUCCACCCCGCCGACCACACACACAGUUGGCUAAUUGCGGCUGAGUGGACCAACAUUAAUAAAUUAAGAAAACAUCUUCAGCGCCGCAAGGAAACAGCUUGCAAUGCACGCAUGCGUAGCCUGAUACGAGGGUUGUGAGAGUGUUUGAGUUUGAGGGAGUGUGUAUGUGUGCGUGCGUGUGUGUGCGUGUGUGUCUGUGUGUGUGUGUGUCUGUGUGUGUUGGGGGGGGGGGAGCGGCGGUGUAGCUGUUGGCGAUUCUCGCUCACGGCUUACCAACACCCAGUGAUGAUUAUCUGAAGCGGUCCUGGGCCUCCCUUAGGUCGACUCAGCCUCUAAUGAGUACCUGGUGCGGUGUGUAAACAUCGUCACUAGGGAGACAAAGACGGUCGGGCGUGGUGCUGGCCACCCACCCCCUGGUGUGCUGUGCCGGCCUUCAUAGGUGCUCGCUAACAGCACUUGCCCCAACACUCUGUUCAAGCUGCACGGGGGAUCUUUGUCUUUUUUGCGUGUGUGUACGCGCGUGUGUGUACGUGUGUGUACGUGUGUGUGUGUACGCCUGUGUGUAAGCGUGUGUGUGUACGUGUGUGUACACGCGUGUAUGCGCGCGUGUGUGUGUACGCCUGUGUGUGUACGUGUGUGUGUAUACGCCUGUGUGUGUGUGCGUGUGUGUGUAUGCCUGUGUGUGCGUGUGUGUACCUGUGUGUACGCGUGUGUGUGUACCUGUGUGUGUGUGUGCGUGUGUGUGUACGCCUGUGUGUGUGCGUGCGUUUACAGGGUCCGUUAAGUGAUCGCCACGAUGGUGUGCCAGUUGAUAAUAAUUUAGGCUGAAUACUAGUUACCUUGCACCUGUUUGGUUGUGAUAUUUUUAAUUUUACAUUUUCUCCACCCCCCCCCCCCCCCCAUUUGUCCAAUUCAUUCUAUAAACGUCGGAUUGUGUUUUUUGUGUUUUUUGUCCUUGAAAAACGGCCUGGAGUUUGAGACGCCUGAACGAACGUUCUCAAACCGGAAUUUGUUGUUAUUGUUGUUGUUUUUAAACAACCAAAAACAUAUUUUUCACGUGAUUAUUAACCGAGGUUUAUCAGCCAAUAGUAAAGUGGCAGCACCAACGCGAUCACCGAAAUUCUCCGCAUCAUGAGACGCAACGGAAAAGGGUGCCCAGUGCCAAUAAAGUUACAUAAAUCACUCCGAUACAAAGGCAAAGGUCCCCUGUGUAGCCUCUAACAGACUGUAGGGGCAAGUGCUGUUAGCGAGCACCUAUGCAGGCCGGCACGGCGCACGAGGGGGUGGGUGGCCAGCACCACGCACGGCCGCCUUCCCCCCCCCCCCCUAGUAGCGAUGUUUACACAUCUUACCAGGCACCCAUUUGAGGCUGAGUCGACCUAGGGAAGGUCCAGCACCGGUUCAGAUAAUCACGACUGGUAUUGGCCGUGAGCGGGAAACGAACUCGGUUUGGUGAGUCGUAGCGCAGCGCGCUAACCACUGCGCCACCGCUCCCCAUACGCACGCACACGGCUACCUGAUUAUAAAACGUACCGCGCAAACUUUGGCCUUUAAACACAGCGGGGGGGGGGGGGGGUGAAAGUGCGUCUUACAAUCCGGAGAAUUCGGUACACAGGUGAUCGCUCUUGCAUUGACAAUUGUUUAUCUCGCUGUUUUCACAACAUCCCUUUUCACAUCGUAAGUGUGUGCGUAUCUAGUCCUCGGUAUAUAUAUCUAUUAUUUUGUUCGUGUGUUUUACCAGAUCGACUUCUCAGACACCUUCGAUGUCUUCGAAGUCGAGACACCCGCACAGCGCAACCAGCUCUCGAUUACCUACCUGGGGGCAAUCUGCAGGGUGGCGGGUUGCGAGUGGCCCGGAUAAAAAAAACAACAACUCUCAAUCGUAUUUAUUAUACAGACAACGGCGGUGACGUCUCGGCCGAUCCAUUUGCUUUCUCAAAACGGCACCGGUUUCACUUUGCGGUCAGACGGGGGCGGUGGAGGGGGGGUGACGGAGAGCCCCGUGAAUCCGCUAACCCCAUGCGACAAGUCAGGAGGGGCUCGUCCCGUAAUGGGCCCUGGGCAUGCUUCAGCGAGGGCGCUAAUAGAGAGUGGAGCCGUGGCUUCGGAGUGUCCCCCAUCUCCUCGAGUGCUACCGGAGCUCACGAGCGUGUGCGCGAGCGAGCGAGUGAGUGUGCGUGCGUAUUGGUGCUUGAUUUUAUAAAGUAGCGACGUCAGCGCGCACGUGUGUGAAUUUAGCCUCUUUUACCGUUAGAUGGUCGGCCGCGAGAAAGUCAAAAUGCGUCGCGUUCUCAAACAAGAUCCACUCGCUGGGCAACCCCAGUGGGAAACCAUCAUUCCACGGUCUCUCACGUAGAAGGACAACGAUCGCUGUGAUAAUGAUGAUGAUGAUGCGAUAAGAAAAAACAUGCAUGUGCGUCGGAGAGUUUAUUGAGCAGAGCGAUGCCAGCGGAUGAGAUCGAAUUUGGUCAAACAAAAAUCACGAUACCAAGAAGCACAAUGCACGUUGUGAACACGAGACGGUGGCGGUCCUUCAUAAAUGACUUUCACGACGCAGUUCCUUGAACGAACCGCGCGCGGCUCCCGUGCCGUAGGUUGCCGACCCCUACGUUGAACCAUGGUAGGAGAGUUUAAAUUGUAAUGCUACAUUAUUCACUCUGGAAAGCCACACGUUCUCUGAGUCUUAAGCCGUUCUUGUUUUCAGAUUCUGAAUAUCUAUUUACACUGGAGGAAUUCGAUGAGCUAUGAAGCUCUUUUUCACAGAUGUUGCAGUCGGGGCGGGUAGGAACGUUACAACAACAAAGAGUACAAAAACACGAGAGUAGUGCAAAGUCCAAGAAAGGUAAACAAAUCACCCAAACACAAACAAUUACAACUAAACCAUCCCCAUCCUACCAGGCAAAGCCCACCGACGUAUGAACUUAUUUUUCAAAAGCGACCUGGCCACAAAUGAUAGCUCAACAAAGUGGCUUAUCAUUUGCACAUUUAUAGCAGUAAAAUAAUCGCAGGAGGGUCCUGCCCAGGGGAUCUUGUGGCGUGAUGUGGUGGUUGGUUCCUAGUGGCCACUGAACUCAUCCUGCCUCUGCUGAUGCUAGGAUGACCCAACGACACCUCUGCCCGGGUUGUGGAGCUAAUAGUCACUACCCAGAGACUCAUCUGCCUCGGAGACGCCAUUGUUACGUAGGUUCACAUCGCUCCAACCUCUGCAUUGGGAUGCAUGCUGAGGAUGCUAGAAAUAAAAUUGCGGGAUAGGGUAAGCGACUUGGAAUUUGGAAAGAGGAUUUGGCAGGAAACCUGUAGAUGUAGUCAGGCAGAGGAGGUGGUGACGGGUGGGAUACGUGGCAGGAUGAAGGAGGGCCGGUUACUGAGACAGAUGGAGUGACAUCCAGAGGGGAAGAUCUGAAACCACGUGGCGGUGAUGAGACUGUGAGAGCAGAUGUUGGAGAUCGAGCAUAAGGAAAGAAGUGAUGGUAAGGUGAGGUAUCAUCAGCGCUAUUGGCCGCUCCGCUAUGGUGUGAUUUACACUCCUGCAGACUGCCUUCGCCUUUGAUGGUUGUACUGCACUGCAACUAUGGGUCUCAUCCCAAGACCAGAAGUCCCCCUUGGCCACCAACUUCAGACAAACUCGACUCAUCGUGUCGUCGUCCUCCCACGAUAAGUGCCGAUUUGGAAUUAUGGAGAUUGCAGGAGAGCGUGGCUGUUGUAAAGACAGGUGAGCCCCAACUCCAGUCGUUGUCUUUUAAUCGAACAACAUGGCCAGAUGCGUAGGAGUUGCUCACUUCCAGAAAGAAAAAAAAUAACAAAUAAGGAUUAAAAAUAUACUUUUUGGGUGUAGAAGGUAUGGGUAUUAAGUAAUCUAGAGCUAUGAACCCUCCACCACCUGACACAGCUAAACAAAUCAAGUUGUCGAAUGUGCCGAUUGGUUUAAAUUUUCCGCAAAAAAGUAACCAAAAUCAGACAAUUUUGUUUACGCAUGAAAACUUACUCCGUAGGAUCGAUCGUUAUCUUUUAAAACACUUAAACACGACUUUCGAUAAAGUCCCUUUUAAAAAUGCAUAUAUAUAAGAAUGUGUGGUGUCUCCUUGGAACUCAAUGAAACGGAUCUGGCACGUGCUUGGCAUAGGCCUACACGAGGCUUCGAUCGCAUAUCCGCCGGAGCCAUUGAGAGAUUUGCGCUGAGUAACGUACACGCAAGAGGAAUUCAUAUUCUUUGGGUCUUUCGGUAAAGCUACGUAGAUCGAAAAAAUAUUUAAAAUAUCACGACAUUUCGAUCGCAACACAAGCAAUCUUCAUCAGGUGAAAAAAAAGGUUUAUAACAUCCGGCCUCAGCAGCUCUCUCGCUAUUUUUUCACCUGAUGACGAUUGCUUGUGUUGCGAUCGAAACGUCGUGAUAUUUUUAUUAAUUUUCUUCUAUCUACGUGGCUUUAACGAAAUACCCAAAUAAUAUGUUGUACACACAGCUCAUUCGCUGGCUGAAGUUCGACCGCUAAUGUGAAAAAAUGUGACCUUGGACUUUCAUAUUCACGUCAAAUGUCUUUGUGCCUAUGAUACAGAUGUGACAACGCCGCUAUAGCCUGUAGAUUAUUCUGACCUAGACAGUGGUUUGUGUGCGUCCAUUUCCGUCUGUGGUUGUGUACAGGAGGGCGAUAGACCUGUACGGCAUUCAAAGUUGUUUGGUGCCAUUAUUCUGCAUUGAGGUUCGUGGCAUUAAUAAACACCUGUAUAGACAAUAGUUUUAGACUACUGUGUUUGUAAUGUUCCCAGCUACAGUCGACAUCGUCAGCCAUUAUCUAUCCACUGCUGGAUGAUAGCCCUCUUUACGCUGUUGCCAUCUCUUGUGCCCUUGCGAUGCAACGAUCCAUUCUCCCCUUUUGCCUGCCAUUCUUUGAACAUCUCAGCCAUCCGCCAUCGUCCCUUUCAGUAAUGUGUUCUACCCAAGCGCCAACAAGUCAAUAUGACGUUUGAUCUGCAGUUGUUCUCUGGUCUAUGUGCGGUUCCUCUUUUUCUCUCUGUCCAUGCUUAUUUGCGCACUUUUCAGAUGUUCCAUUUUCUUGAUCGGUGACCAUGUUUCUGAGCCAUGCUGUACGUUGUUUAUAUCAUCAUGAAAAGCGACACCGUCAUGCCUGAAUAUGAGUUUUCAAUCGGUGCGCAUUACCUGCAAUGACGCAUGGUGCACAAAUAUUGACACCACGCCGCAGUAUUUAGCGUAAGUUACAGUUGUCUUCAUGCCACGUGAGACUGACAGAUUUCGUGAAAAUGUACCCAACAAAAUCGUAUAAUCUGCCGACUAAUUUCUCUCCUGGGUGGCGAUAUGAAGAAUGUUUAUAUUUUCGUUCGAGAGUAACUUUUGCUUCUGCUUAUAAAAAAAAAUGAAAACGUGGGACUGCUAUGUUUACAAUUACUCACGGAUAUGUUUAACUCCACUGUGCAUACAUCGGAGUUAAAACCGUUCUUGGUUCUGCCGCUGCCGGUGUCAUCAGGAAGUGUCCCAUUCACCAUCCUUGCAAUACCUCUCCCCCAGUGUUCUUCAGUAAUUUUCAGAGGUGGUGGGAGGCAGCAUUUUCGCCGAUAAGACAUCAUCGGUGUGAGGGCCGCCACACAUUUGAAACUAUUGGGUUUGGACAGCACGAUGGGGAUGUUUUCACAUUUGUGUUAUUGUCGGGGGGGCCGCACUACAGGCCACAAAGGCCCACACAGUGGCCCACGGGCCUUGCAAUGGAGAACAUUGCUAUAUGAGAUGUUUUGACACGACGGCUAUCCCACGCAUUCUGCCACGCGUUUUUGCCACCGGACGUGACGUUUUGCUCGAAAGGCUCGUCUUUGCUUCCGCCAUUUUUUUUCGCGACCGCUGCAGCGCAGCCGCCUCCUCGUGGCUGCCAAUGGAAUUGCCACGUGGCCACCAAACUUCGUCGACUAAUUGAGUAGCGAACGAGAGAGAAAGGCAAGCGUGAACGCUUCCAACGCACGCGUUUCGGCAACGACAGACUUUGACGAAGGGCUUUGUAACCUGCCUCGCGUUAACCAUUCAAUGGAUCGUAUCAAUAGCCACCCUGUAAUUGUGUCUGCGUGUUACCCUUCACGUUACGAUUAGCUCCUGUGUAGUGACCGCCUCUUGAGACUAUGAUGCCACCUACGAGUCUGAAUGUGUCGGACCCUCCCUCCCCAUCACCAAAACUUUCCCAUUAAACAUAAGCAGCUGUAAAACUA